UUAUUAGGCUUUACAUUUUCCGUUCUUUCAUUUGAGGAGAUAUGUCAGAUCCAAACAAUUACAAUGCAACAGGUGUACCAACACCAACCGCACCUCCGUGCUCUGUAGACACGGAGAGACAGACUCCAGCCACCGGAGGUGCACCGAGACAAACUCCUCCUGUGGCUGGCUCUGGGAUGGGACGAUUCAUCGAGAGAUGGAAGAGAGAAGAUAUGUUGAAGAAGGGUUGUUUCGGCUUACGUUGUAUUGCUUUGUUUUUCUCAUUGUUUGCUUUCAUAAUCAUGGCUAGUAAUAAGCAUGGUGACUGGAGAGAUUUUGAUAAAUAUGAUGAAUAUAGGUAUUUGCUAGCUAUAGCAAUUCUAUCCACAUUGUAUACAGUAUCGCUACUGCUGAUACAAGUGUACCAACUUUCAACUAACAAGGAAAUAUUUUCGCGGAAGAAUUCAGCCCUCAUCGAUUUUUAUGGUGAUCAGUUGAUGGCAUACUUGUUACUAUCAGCUGCUUCAUCUGCUGUACCGCUGACAAACAGAAUGAGAGAAAACAAUGACAACAUAUUCACAGAUUCUUCAGCAGCAGCAAUCGGCAUGGAGUUUAUAGCAUUUCUAGCUAUGGCAGUGUCAGCUAUCAUUUCUGGAUAUAAGCUUUCGAAACAAACCUACAUCUGAUAAGAAAAUAUUGUUUCAUUUUUUAUUCUCUACAUUUCCUUCAUUUGUUACAAAUUUAUCGAUAUUUCAUUCAUUGAAGAAGUCAUUCUCUCUGUAUCUUGCUCUGUAUUGUUCGUUUUGAUAAAUCAAUUAGUUGAGGUGUAGACAUUUCCAUGAGCUUCUAGAAACAUCAUAUGCAGACGAAGUCAAAUCUGAUUUUUGCAUCAGUAACCAAAUGUUGAUACCAAGCGUAGGACAAUGCUUACUGAUAGAUGUAACUACUCGCGUAGAAAGUGAUCAUUUUAAUAAUGCAGUUUAUUGUCAAAGUCUAGAAAUGAACUCUGGUAUGGUUGGUGGAAGUUUCCUCUUGAUUUAUGGUUAAGCAAAAAUGAGAAACUCUGAGGGAUACGAAUGAACGGUUACUUGUAAAGAAUGAAUAUUCAACUUCACACGAAAAAAAAUAUAUCAACUUUCAACCAUGAAACGUCAGUUCCACCUGAAUACUAAAAAAAAAAAUCUUAAUGAGAAGUUACAGAUGCUAAGAAAUCCAGAGCUCGGCUCGAGACAAAUAAAAUAAUGGACUAACUCUUAUUUUGAAUCGUAAAACCUAACUUUGUAUUCUAGAAGGGAAAAAAAAAA